CUCCUCUGCUCCGUUCCACACACGCAUACACACAUACACACACAUUGUACACACACGGGCGGGUAGCUCGCAGCAUCGAUCGUGGCUCCUUUAAGAAAACUAAGCCAGAAAUAUCACUCCACCUCCUCUUGAUCUCAUUUAGGGACUAUUGCAUAAAAAAUCGCUCAGGAGCCGAGACUGAUCAAAGAAACAAGCGCUUGAUUUUUUGUGUGCGUUUGAGUAUUAACAUUUAAGGUACCCCGACCAGUGGAAGCGCACGGCGGAUCAUCAUUCAUUCAAUACUUUGACAACCUCGAUUUUGAUUGACAGUUGGAGUGGCAAAAAGCCAUGGGACUCACUAGUUUUGUUUGAGGGUCAUUUUCAUACUGGUUUGGAAAAGAAGAUUUGUUCUCUCCCUGUCGCUGUCCGGGGGAAAGCGAGGGAGCUAUUUGCUGCGCUGUAGCCGAACUUGAGCCGAAGGUCUGGCUUCAUCGUUCUCUUGUAGGAAGCGUACGGAAUUUUUAAUCUCACAUUUGGAAUUUGCGUGUUUAUUUCGCUUCACCCUGGCCUCAUAGGGGAUUAUAUUUGAAGUUAAAGGACGACGAGGGAGUGAGCCAGGCCGAUGGCGCAAAGGUACGAAGAUAUACCGCAUUAUGGCAUGGACGGAGUAGGAAUCCCAACAACGAUGUAUGGGGACCCUCACGCGGCCAGAUCCAUGCAGGCUGUUCACCUGAAUCACGGUCCCCUACACUCGCACCAGUACCCGCACACAGCCCACACCAACGCCAUGCCGCCCAGCAUGGGCUCCUCGGUCAACGAUGCUCUAAAAAGAGAUAAAGAUGCCAUUUACGGGCACCCCCUUUUCCCCCUUCUAGCACUGAUUUUUGAGAAAUGUGAAUUAGCGACUUGCACGCCCAGAGAACCCGGAGUCGCGGGAGGCCAUGUGUGUUCCUCUGAAUCUUUCAACGAAGAUAUAGCAGUAUUUGCCAAACAGAUUCGGGCAGAAAAACCUUUAUUUUCAUCAAAUCCAGAGCUGGAUAAUCUGAUGAUACAAGCAAUUCAAGUAUUACGAUUCCAUCUAUUGGAGCUGGAGAAGGUACACGAACUUUGUGACAAUUUCUGUCAUCGGUACAUCAGCUGCUUGAAGGGCAAGAUGCCCAUCGACUUGGUUAUAGAUGACAGAGAAGGUGGAUCAAAAUCAGACAGCGAAGAAAUCACAAGAUCGUCGGGAAACCUUGAUCAGACUUCGUGGAACAGAGAUCACGACGACACGGCGUCCACACGCUCCGGGGGGACUCCCGGACCCUCCAGCGGGGGCCACACAUCACACAGCGGGGACAACAGCAGCGAACAAGGGGAUGUCCUGGACAACAGUGUGGCUUCGCCCAGCACAGGGGAUGACGACGACCCGGACAAAGAGAAAAAGCGCAAUAAAAAACGAGGAAUUUUUCCCAAAGUCGCAACCAACAUCAUGAGGGCGUGGCUCUUCCAGCACUUGACACAUCCUUACCCCUCAGAAGAACAGAAGAAGCAGUUGGCUCAAGAUACAGGACUUACCAUACUACAAGUGAAUAACUGGUUCAUUAACGCAAGACGGAGAAUAGUGCAACCCAUGAUAGACCAGUCCAAUCGAGCAGUAAGUCAAGGAGCGCCCUAUAAUCCAGAUGGUCAGCCGAUGGGAGGGUUCGUCAUGGACGGCCAGCAGCACAUGGGAAUCAGACCACCUGGACUGCAGGGCAUGCCAGGGGAUUACCUGUCUCAUGGCGGUCCGAUGGGCAUGACUAUGGGACAGCCGAGCUACAGCCCCGCCCAGAUGCCCCCCCACUCCGCUCAGCUGAGACACGGGCCUCCCAUGCGUUCCUACAUUCCUGGACACCCCCAUCACCCAGCAAUGUUGAUGCAUGGUGGACCACCCCACCCUGCCAUGCCCAUGUCAGCGUCCAGUCCCCCGAUGCUCAGCCCAGGAGACCCCACCAUGGGCGGACAGGCCAUGGACAUCCACGCUCAAUAGUUUACGGAUUCUUUCAUUUUAUUACAACAAUCAGAGACACUAAACAAAAAAAACAAAAAAACACAUUGGUUUUCCCGGUGCUAUGCGACAUGUACCGACUUCAUGCAGAGACUCAGGAGCUCCAUUCUGGGCAACAGAUUUGGACCAAGGCUAGGCCAAUGUCUGUAUUCCCUGGGACACUUUCACACAGCAAGUGCCCUGUAAACAAAAAUAAAAUGAGAGAGUGAGAGAGAGAGAGAGAAAGACAGUGAGAGAGAGAGCGAGAGAGAGAGAGAGAGCGAGAGAAAGAAAUUAUAACUAUAUCAACUCCUGUUUGGUGGGGGGAGGAGGACAUGCUGUAUACUGUUGUAAAAUUAUGUCGGACUCUCGUGAGAACUGAGAAUUAAUUAUUGUAAAGGCUAUCGUAUUGUUCUGCAUAUUAUGUUGUUUCUAAUAGAUUUUUUUAAAAAGGAUGUGAAUUUUUUUUUCUUUCCACACUAUGUGUGUGCCAUUUAUGUAGACUUUGACCUCCUCCCUGAAUCAUCUUACCUAAACAAACAAAAGAAAACAAAGUGAAUAAAACCAAUCAUUCAAUCAUCCAAUCAGUUAGAUUACUUCUCCUGUCAAUGACAGAAAGGGCUUAUGUGGGAUUUUAGGGCAUUAGACAACUCUGCCAGGUGAAAACCCCAGGCCUGCCCCAGGAUUUCAUCCAUAUUCUGAAUCUCUGUAGACUGAGGCUUACAUCUUGAAUCCCUAAAUUCAUUUACUGUCCAUAUCUGAAUUGGCCUUACCAGAUGAACAGUGGGAUGGAUGGAAGAGGCUGCAGUCAUCCAUGCUGAUUAAUCAGCGGUUGCAGGAGGUAUUAUAGGACCGUUAGGAAGCAAUGUAGAAAACUCAAAAGUGUGUGUACUUCCAAAGUGUCACCUCCAUGGACCCAUCUUGCAUUGCAACAACAGCAGAAGUUGCAGUGUGGUUUGUUUACCCCCAAAUGCAACCAAGGCCCAUAUUCAACGUAAUGGCAAUGUGCUUUUUUCUUGUUGAGUGUCUAAUUUAAGCGCUAGAUUUUUUUUUUCAUCUCUUACAUGUUUUCUUUUUUGUCAAUUUCACAAUUUCAGUGACUG